AUGGACUCGAAGUCGUCUAAUUCGGGCACCUACAAGCCGCCCUCGGUAUACAAUGAUGUUCAGCAUGCCCCUGUGACAUCUAUCCUUGCAGAUGGCGACGUUCCAUAUACGGACCAUGAAAUGGACUCGGACGAGCGGGUGAUUAUGGCCCUGGGUUAUAAGCAGGAAUUCAAGCGGGAGUUUUCUCUGUGGACGACUUUCUGUGUCAGUUUUGCGGUGCUCGGAUUGCUUCCCUCCUUCGCAAGUACCUUGUACUAUGGUAUGGGAUAUGCAGGAACGGCAGGAAUGGUUUGGGGUUGGAUCAUCGCUAUGAUCUUUAUCCAAUGUAUUGCUAUGUCCAUGGCAGAGCUGUGCUCGGCCAUGCCUACCAGUGGCGGACUCUACUAUGCUGCUGCUGUUCUCGCACCUCCCGGCUGGGGUCCCUUGGCUGCAUGGAUCACUGGCUGGUCAAACUGGAUUGGACAAAUUACCGCAGCACCAUCGGUCGACUAUGCGUUGUCCGCAAUGAUUCUGGCGGCUGGGUCAAUCACUAACCCAGGCUACGUCCCGACAAAUUGGCAAAUCUACCUUCUGACAGUUCUGAUCAUGAUAAUCCACACCGUGAUCAGCAGUCUGCCCACAAAGCAAGUAGCCCAAUUUAACUCCUGGGGCUCAACAUUCAACGUUAUUGCGCUCAUCGCGACGCUCAUCAUCAUUCCAGCAGCGACAAAGAACACCCCUAAAUUUACGCCCUCCCACGAAGUCUGGAGUCAUAUCAAAAACCAGACCGAUUUUCCGGACGGCGUCGCCGUUCUCAUGACUUUCGUCGGGGUAAUUUGGACCAUGUCCGGCUAUGAUUCGCCUUUUCAUCUGAGCGAAGAAUGUUCCAACGCCAAUGUCGCCUCACCACGCGCCAUAGUCAUGACAUCUGGCGUCGGUGGCGUAAUGGGUUGGUUCCUACAGUUAGUGGUUGCAUACACAGUGACGGACAUUGAUGCAGUCAUCAGCUCUGAUUUGGGCCAGCCUUGGGCUUCAUAUCUACUCCAAGUUCUACCCCAACAGGCCGCAUUGGGGAUCCUCGCUCUGACGGUGAUUUGUGGGUUCUCCAUGGGCCAGGGAUGCAUGGUUGCCGCUUCACGGGUGACAUAUGCUUACGCGCGAGAUGACUGCUUCCCUUUAUCGAACUAUUGGAAAAAGGUGAACAAAACCACUCAGACGCCAGUCAAUGCCGUGAUCCUCAACACCUUCCUGGGCUGUCUCAUGUGUCUCUUGGUUCUUGCUGGCAGCACCGCCAUUGGUGCACUGUUCUCCAUUGGCGCCAUUGCCCAGUUUGUGGCUUUCAUCAUCCCCAUCUUCAUCCGCGUGUUUUUCGUUGGAAACCGAUUCCGCAAGGGACCAUGGAAUCUAGGCCGCUGGGGACCUCUGAUCGGUGGCAUUGGAGUUUCUUUUGUUGCACUCAUGGUGCCUAUUCUGUGCUUGCCCAGCGUUACAAAGGGAGAUCUUACUCUGGAGCUUAUGAACUGGACCUGCCUUGUUUACGGUGGGCCGAUGCUGAUCGUUUUGAUUUGGUGGUUUGUUGAUGCCCAUCGCUGGUUUACCGGUCCCAAGGUCAAUGUCGAGCAUGCCAUUCAUGCUGUGCAUGACGAGCCUGAGAUCAGUGAAGGUAUAGAGCCGGAACAUGAACAAGGGGAAACCGAAACGACGAAGACGGUCAAGUAUGAUGAAGCUCGGUCCAAGUAG